AUGAGAUUAUCAUCGGUAAUUGCCGCUUCAGCAGCCCUCUUAUCAUCGGCUGUUGCAAAAGACGUUGCAUGUUUAGUUGGGGGACAACUCGUUGGCAUUGUUGACUUGGAUACCGGACUUUGUCCCUUCACAAUUACAUCUGAAGUAGAAAAACCAGUUUUUGAAUUCACUUCAACUUCAGAUUUCAAUGUCUUAUUCUACUACUCAACUGUUGACGGAGUACACAAAUACUUCACUGAUAUCAUCAAUGCAGGAAAUGUUAUUGAUAUACCAGCUAAAUUCUUAUACGGUGAUACACCAAAUGCUCCAUUAUACCAAGUCAAGGUUGAAGAACAUCCAGCCAGCAACUCAACCGAGGCUAUCAGAAAAAGAUUAAUGAAACAACGCGGUUUAGAUGUUAGCGCAGUAUCAAAUGUUAAAAGAGAAAGUGUAGAAGAUUUCGUUGAAGCACUUAAACAAAUCGAGGGUACAUUUAUCGAUACUUCUAUUUUCGAAGUUGUUGAUCACGUUCCAUCAUCUGCCGAACAAACCAUCGUUUCAACCACUAUUUCAACCGUUACUGACUGUACAUCAUCCGCUACUGACGGAGUUGCUGGUAUAGUUACUGAGAAAGCUACCACUGUUGUAACUGUUACUUCAUGUGAAGAAGACAUUUGUCACGAGACCACCGUUGAUGCAACUGCAUCUGUCGCUACUGCUACUGUUGGAGGUGUUACAACUGUUUACACUACUUACUGCCCAGUUUCAUCUAUUGAAACUCCACAAUCCACCAAGACCGUUACAAUCACCUCAUGUGAAAACGACGCUUGUUACACCAGUGCUGUUGUUGCUACUCCAGCAUGGACCACCGAAACCAUUCAAGGUACUGUUACUGAAUACAUCACUUAUUGCCCAGUAAGCGAAGAAAGCAGCAAAGCAUCAGCUACUGAAACAGAAAAAGAACAAGUUUCUUCAGUUGCUACACCAGUUGGCAUCACUGUCGUCACUUCAGGUUCUACCGUCAUUACUUCUACUGUUUACCAAACUGUUGUAAUUUCACUCGGUGGAGCUCUUCCUACUUCUUUAGCUACUGAAUCUGCUCAACAAACUGUUGCUGCUGAAAGCCAAGUUGCUCAACAAACUGUUGCUGCUCAAAGCGAAUCUGCUUCCACUAACCCAGCUUCUACCGUUUCAGCAUAUGAAGGUUCCGCUGCUACUAAUGGUGCCACUUUCUUAGCUUUGGCUUUGAUUCCAUUAGCUUACUUCAUGUAA